AGUUUGUAUGUAAACCGUGCAUUGCUAAGAGGAUUAGCGCGUGUGUAAUGAUGGUUUUUGCUACACACACGCACACUUAAUCUGACGCGCACACACACAGAUGAAAAGAUCAUUUCCGUUUGCUGGCAAGGCUGAACUGUGUCAACGCUGCGCUCCAGUCUUUUAAUCUGCAUAUUUACCAUGAUGCUUUGGUCUCUUUAAUCCUGUCGGCCAUGAUGAUGAUGAUGAUGACGGUGAUGAUUAAAGAGGAGAAUGAUGGUGGAACAGCAGAUACUUUUUUUAUGUGUAUUUGUAAUUUUCAGAGAGCUCAAAAGACGAGGAACCUGCAGUAGAAUGUUGCUGUUGGAUUCAUUGAUAUUUAAAAGAUGUACUUUACGACUUUUAUAUCACUAAAAAUGGAUAUAUAUUUUUUUGGCAAUUGGAAAGAGGGAGACUUGCUCAAAAAGGCCAGAAAAGUGUGACAAGAUUGCAUUCGGGAAACAAACUGGAAGAGGAAAAGGCUGCUGAUGUUUGCAAAUAUAUUCCAAAGUUGUUUUUGAGCUUGAGUUGGGAGGACAAGUGAGCAGGAAGUCAACAGGAAGUAGAUGUGAAAGGGAGCUUUAUCUUCAAGGCUUGCUGCAGGGAAAGAAUGCAGCGAGCCAUGAUGGCGGUGACCUGUUUGGACCCAGAGGUGGGGAAAGGUUCCUCUGGUGGCCAGAGGAGCUUCUUUGGUUUCUCCCUGCGAGAUCUGCUCAGGUCCACGAAGGAGCCUCGUGUCUCUCUGAGCCUCAGCAUGACUGAUGAAGUCAGCAACAUCAGAGAGGUGAAUAUGUCCCAUUCACAUAAAGAAGGAGAAACUCCUCCAGAAGAUGAGAAUCCAGCCCUGUCUGAGCGACUUCACAGUCCACUCAUGAGAGCAGUGCUGUGUGCGCAGGUGUGUAAGGUGUACCGCUUUCAGACGGAGGACGCCGGGUGGCUGCUGGUGCGGGAGCAAAUGUCUGAGACGCCCCUGUCCUUCUCUUUACCCAAACAGCUACUGAGCAUGCUCAUUAGCCAGCUCACAACCAAACUGCAGGAAGUAGAGGAGCUUGGUGACCUUUCACCCCGCUGGGAUAGUCUUCGCCGUGAUGUCAUCAGCCACUGCAGGCAUAUGAUUGGCUGCUAUGAGGAGACGCUGGGCCAGCUGCACACGCUUUCAGCGUCGUCCUGCUUCAAGUCGAGUGGCUCCAAGGGGGACCAACAUCUUCAGUUUGUCCCCACCAACCUGCACUCUCAAAUGAUGGAAGUCACCUGUCAGGACAGGACAAGUGUGUGGUACCAUGUCAUCACCUUUGGCGCUCCGGCCGAGCACCACCAGGCCUUUAAGCAUGGCGGCCUCAAAAGGCUGCUGGCCAAGCACACUGACCACAUGCACAGCUGCUGGUGCUACUCACAUGAUGAGAGCUCAAGAGCCAGGGUCAUGUUGGCUAGCAUGGCCCAGCUACAGCCUCUCCUCUUCGGCCUCGCUGAGGAGCUGCUGUCCGUCUCUAUGGAGCACAGCACAGCCCGCCUGCAGCUGGCUGUAGACAACCUGACCCAGCAGAUGGAGAAGUUUGUUCAUGCUCUCAAAGAUGAGCUGGUGAGAAGCUCGCUCAUGCACAUCCAAAAUAAAUGCUGUCACGACAAAGACGCCGGCCUCCAUGACACGUCACCUGACCACCAGCAAUAUGAUGAGGAGGAGUGGGACAGAGUGUGGGCAAACGCCACAAACAGUCUGACCUGCAUCAUCACCAUGGUAGACCGACUAAAGGGACGGCAGGACGGCAAUAACAUUGACUCUGACUGCUGGCAAGAGCAGCUGCUCCCUCUGGUGGUCACUCUCAGAGAUUGCGUACGUGAGGCGGUGCAGAGGGCACGGACCGCCAUGACCUUUGUGGUCCUGCAGGCGGCGGCGUCUGCCACCAUCGCUCAGGGCCCCGCCAAGCUCACUCAGAGACGACACGCUGUCUUCAGCCAGGCGCUUUCAGCGGCCACAUGCGGAUUUCUGUUGAGACUCCACAACGGUCUGGAGGAUUCACAGUUCCUGCAGCAGCUUCACACCGUCGGAAUCUUGGUUCAGUUUGAGGGCCUGCUCAGUACUUAUGGUGAUGAAGCGGGGAUGCUAGAGGACAUGAUGGUGGGGGUGGCCGACCUGAGCGGAGUCACGUUCUCCCUAAUUGAAGCAAAAACCGAACAACCGGAAGACCUUCAGCCGACCCUCGGAGGAACAUGGGGCUCUUUGGUUGUCAAGGUCCCACUGCCCAAGUCAACUAUCAUGGCUCUGCCCGGCAAGCUGAGAGCCGGAUGUUUGAUUCCCCUUCACCCGGUUCUGUUUAACAUUGGCAUCAACCAGCAGCAGAGUGUCGUUGAGAGGUUUGGCGACACCUCCAUGCAGGAGAGACUGAAUCAGGAGAGCUGCGAGCAACUCAAAGUUUACUGCAAUAUGCUGAGAGAGCGCAUGCCCGACGCUGCCGCAGUGCAGUCUCUGUGGGACAUGUUGGCAUCUCUGAGUCGCAACGUGGAAACCCGGAGGAGAAAGAACGUGGAGGUGCUGUGGCUGGCUGCCUCGAUCUGUCAUGAGGUGAGUGGCGUGCGUCUGACUAGCUGUAAGAGCGCCAAGGACCGCACGGCCAUGUCGGUGACACUUGAGCAGUGCAUGCUGCUUAGGGACAGACAUGCUCUCGGCACCCAUCAGUUCAGCACCGCGUUGGACCACAUGAGGAGGUGUCGUCUGUCCUGGGGUCAGAUGCUGGGCUGUUAUGCCCAAUCGGGUCUCACGCCGUUUGGGUUAGAGUUAUUGGAGAAGCCCUUGGACCCGCAGAGGUCCAGCUUCCCACGUUGUUUUGCCCCAAAAGGCACCAGACCACACUUGUACCCCGUGGCCGUCCUGUUGGUGACCUCUCACCUCCUGGUUCUCUGGCUCAUUCUCAGCCUGCUCGUGCUGGUGGCCAAGGAGGGCUGCAGGAUGGAGAACGUUCAGAAAAACAUGGGAAGCAGGAAGUUUGCCUUCAGCAGCGUCCAGCUCCUCACCUUCCCAAAACUAUACAAACCUCCAGAGGACAGCUAUGGAUAGACAUAUAGUAUAUGUUUUGAUUUUGUACAUAACACUGAUUAAUAAAUCAUGUGCAGUAUUUAAAACACAUAAAAACACAAAAACAUUUACGUCACUUCCUCCUUUUGUUAAUUUUUACGACAACGCUUCUGCAUCGUCACAUGCUGUGGUAGUUAUUUUUUGUAAAUGCACAGUAUGAACAUCAAUGGUCAAUAACUAUACUUCAUAUAAGUAAUAUAUUGAAUGUUAUUUUAUUAUUGGCUUAUUAAAAUACUUUAU